AUGACCGUCAUGGCGAAAAUCGAUGUUCACCACCAUUUCUACCCCGCGGCCAUGCGUCAAGCCUUGGAUCGUGCGGGAGGUGAUCCCUCUGGCUGGUACACUCCCCCAUGGACGCUGGAGCUGGAUCAGGACAUCGCACGACGGAUGAAGGUGACUACCACCAUUCUCUCUGUUACUGCACCGGGGCCAAGCAUCGAGCCCGACUCUGCCAAAGCUGCGGCCCUGGCACGCAGCUGCAAUGAAUCUGCCGCCGCCAUACGGGAUGCUAAGCCACACCAAUAUGGCUUCUUCGCCUCAGUGCCAUCCCUGUUCGAUACAGAAGCUGUCUUGAAGGAAAUCGACUACGCCUGCACCACUCUCCAUGCUGACGGAGUUACACUAUUCACCCGCUAUGGCAAGGGUCCUCACUACCUAGGGCAUCCAGCCUUUCGACCCAUCUGGGCCGAUCUCAGUCGCCGCGGGGCCGUGGUCUUCAUCCACCCAACCCAUCCAGUCGAUACACAGCUCGUCAACUCCUGGCUACCGCAGCCCAUGUUUGACUAUCCGCAUGAGACUGGACGGUCAGCCAUGGACCUGUUAACCAGUGGUAUUCUACAAGACUAUCCUGGAUGUAAGAUCAUUCUCUCCCACGCUGGUGGGACCUUGCCGUAUCUAAUUCAUCGGGCGGCUACUAUGCUUCCCUUGAUGCCGAAGACGCUUGGUCUGUCAACUGAAGAGUUGGUGGAGGCUGCCCGGAGCUUCUACUUCGACACGGCCAUUUCAUCAAACCCGGUCACAUUGAAGGCGCUGUUCGAAUUUGCUGCACCUGGCCAUGUACUAUUUGGCAGUGACUUUCCAAAUGCCCCGCAUGAUGCAAUCCAGCGCUUCACAAACUUUCUGGAGGCAUAUGACCUGCCGGAGGAGACCAAGCGACAGGUGAAUAGUGGGGCUGCAUUGGAGUUGUUUCCGCGACUGAAUGAUGUCCCGGGAAGAGCGAGACUCUGA